GUUUCCUUUCUUUUCUUUUUUUCUUUUCCUUUUUCUAUCUCGUCCUUCAUUCAUUUUUUCACAUACAACCCUCUUCCCGACAUUGUUCAAUCAAAAGAUUGAAAAUAUUUUCACUAUCCAAUUUUAGUCAAACAUUCACUGAAGUUGCAUCUGCAUAGAUACAUUCCGAUUCCUAUUUUCUACUAGUUGGAGAGAUAUGCAUAAAAUGGUGAGGAUUCUUGUCCCUAUCUGGUUAGAACCACAACACAUAAUUGCCAAGUAGAGCCACAACAACCUCAAACAAUAAAACAUCGUGAUGUCACCGCCGUGUUCUCCGCCAUAGCUCAAAUCAACAGCGACAGCGCCACCACCAUUGCCACCCUGACGUUUUUGUUGAACCACAAGGCUCUUCCUGCAUUUCCGUUAGAGUAACACAAACAACUUUCUUCUAUGUCUAUGUUCGCCAAUAAAAUCAAACCCUUUUUCGAUUCUCUCCCACAACGACCUUCACUACACCAAAUCAAACUAAGCCAUGCACACCUCGUCGUUUUAGGCCAAUCCCAAUCCCGUCUCAUCCUUCACAUUCUCUCUCUACUUUCUCUCUCUACAUUCCCACUCAACUAUUCUCUAUCCGUUUUCAACUCAAUUUCCUUCCCAACAGUUUUCGCUUUCAACUCCAUUAUUCGUUGUCACGCCAAAUCAAAUUCAUCACCUUCUAUCUCCCUCGCACUUUACUCUUCCAUGCGACGCCGUUUCCUCAACCCAAAUCAACACACCUUCACUUUCCUCCUUCACGCAUGCACCAAAGGGAGUUUCACGUCCACGCCUACCCCAGGUGUUCAGGUUCAUUGUCACGUGAUCAAACUCGGUUACGCGCGCCAUGUGUUUGUUCGAAAUGCGCUCAUUCAUUUUUACUUUGAGGGUUUUUCAACGACUGAGUAUUCCAAAAGGGUGUUUGAAGAAGAUACUGAUACAGAUACAGAUACCCUUUGUAGUGAUGUUGUCACGUGGAACUCCAUGUUGGCUGGUUUGGUUAGAAGAGGAGAGGUUGGUGUUGCCGAGAAGAUGUUUGAUGAAAUGCCUUGCAGAGAUGUUGUUUCUUGGAGUACUAUGAUAAUGGGGUAUGUUCAAAAUGGGAACUUGGAAGAUGGGUUGGAGUGUUUUAGGUUAAUGAGGGAGAAAGGGAUAAGACCCAAUGAGGCUAUUUUGGUUACUGUGCUUUCUGCUUCUGCUCAGAUGGGUUUGUUAGGGUGUGGGAGGUUCAUUCAUUCAACCAUUGAAUCUCUGAGAUUUCGAAUAACUGUACCAAUUGGGACUGCUUUGGUUGAUAUGUAUGCAAAGUGUGGCUGCAUUGAAGAGUCGAGAGCUUUGUUUGAUUGCAUGUUAAAGAAGGAUAUAUGGACUUGGAAUGUUAUGAUUUGUGGGCUGGCUUCACAUGACCGUGCAAAGGAAGCACUUUCGUUAUUUCAUGAGUUUAUAUGUGAGGGUUUUAGUCCUGUGAAUGUGACAUUUGUUGGAGUUUUAAAUGCUUGUAGUAGGGCUGGUUUUGUUAGUGAGGGAAGGCAUUACUUUAAGUUGAUGGUGGAUCGUUAUGGAAUUCAACCGGAGAUGGAGCACUAUGGGUGCAUGGUUGAUCUUCUGGCUCGUGCAGGAUUGAUAGAUGAAGCAGUUUGGUUGAUUGAGACAAUGACUGUUGCACCGGAUCCUGUAAUGUGGGCAACACUGCUUGAUGCUUGUAAGAUUCAUGGAUUGGUGGAAAUGGGAGAAACAAUUGGAAAUAAGUUGUUAAAGUUGGAUCCGACACAUGAUGGUCAUUAUGUGCAGUUAGCUGGAAUCUAUGCAAAAGCAAGAAAAUGGAAAGAUGUGGUUAGAGUUCGAAGGUUAAUGGUUGAGAGAGUUGCCAACAAAGUUGCGGGUUGGAGCUUAAUUGAAGCGGAGGGUAAAGUUCAUCGCUUUAUUGCAGGAGACAGAGACCAUGACCAUUCUUCCGACAUUUACAGAAUGCUUGAAAUAAUAGGACUGCGGAUAACUGAAGCUGGUUACUCACCAAAACAGCUAACUGUGUAGCACGAUAUAGGAGAAGAAGGGGGUUGAUUUUCCUAGCAAGGGAAUGAUAAGGAGGGUUUAGUUACCAAAACAUUUUCACGCACGACCUGUGAGAUAUCAUUCAAGAUAUAGUUCUAUUUGACAAUCAUGUCAGUAGAAUUUUCAUCCGGAUGUAAGGUCCUGUCUGUGGCGCUCUUCGAAGAAAGGGAUAAUUUUUCCAAAGCAUCUUACUCAGUCUAUCAAGUUUCCCAAGCAAGGGAUUUAUUGAGAGGGAUUAUUCACCAAAACUUUUUCAGUCAAGACACUUAAGAUAGAAAUUACGCAAGUUGUAUUUAACAAUUCUGCUAGUAGAGUUUUCAUCUGAAUGGAAGGUGUAUGGUGCUCCUGGAUUUUGUGUUUUUCUUAGACGGGAAAUAUUGUUUUAUUUGACUUGGGGCUUCCUGUGUACACAAUAAUCCUGUUCCGAGCAUUUGUUCAUCAGCAAUUUUGAAAAAUACUUGUAUAGGAUAAUCAUGAGGGAUAUUGAUUUAGGCUUGGUGUUGCUGAAGGUUGGAACAUUAUGGUUCAGAGAUUAACAUUCUUAAGAUUUGGCUUGCUUACUGAUUGAUGGGUAAUAUGUUCAAUUCUUCAAAUCAUCAAAGCUAGUUCAAUGGAAUUUGAAGGGAACGGAAUGACAAGAUGCAUUCAUCUGGAUACUGACUGAUUUGAGUGCAAAGGAUUAUGUGGAAUAGUUCUAGCAGCAUGAUAUAGUGUUUUGCAAUUUGCAUAGACUGGUUUUGGGAGAAGAAAAAUGACUGAACUGGAACUUCAUUGAUAGUAUAGUUGUCAAUUACCAGCAUCCUUCCUGUAAAUCUCCAUGUAGAUGGAAUGAGAAAUUUACUUAUAAAUGCAAAAUGUGGACCCAAUAAUUAAUAUUAAAAUUUUCAAUAACCCAAUUGAAAACCUCCCAACAUCUGUUAUAUCAGUUGUUGGACGGAAUAUCAACCACCACAAACGAUCAUUGGUCAAGAUCACUUGAGCUACGAAGCAUAGCAGCAAGCCACUGAUACUUCCUCUUCCUCUUCCUCUUUGUCUCACACUUUAUGGAUAGUGUCUCUCUCAUAGUGAGUCUUUAAGGGUGUGUUUGAGAGCUUUGAAAAAAAAAGGAAGAAUAAAGGGAAAAGAAUAGAAAGAUUUAGGUGGAGAGUGAUUUGUAAGGU